UAGAUUCCACCCCAGUACGGUCGCUUUGGUUGCCCGGACAACGUCUGCCUGCCACUGCCUGCGGCCUCAUCACCACCGCGCAUCCCUCGCACUCAAGCCACCAUCCCAAGACCUGCGUCGCGAGUAUAUAUCCCAAAAUUUGUUUCCAGAGGGAAUCAUUCCCAUGUCACGCCGGAAUCUGUAUUAGGACGGACGCCACAAUUCUUCGAUUUCACGUUCCGUCUUCCUAUCAGCGUCGAAAUGGUGCGAGAACAACAGGCCCCUCGCAACCCGCUUGCCCCAGCUAUGGGCAACUCGCAACCUCUCCCAGACUCCCAGAACAAGGACAAGAUAGUUCCCACCGAUAAACCUCCCGCUUCGCAGCCUCUGUAUCCAGAUCUCCAGAAUGGCUUGCCAGAGCAGCCUCAGUUCGGGAGGCCAUCAAUGCCCGGGGCAUCGCCACAGCCAUAUGCAAGAACACAGCCGCUCAUGCGACCAGGCAUGAGUGCGAAUACAUCAGCUCCACGCCAAGUGAGCGGGAGUCAACAACAAGACAAAUAUUCGAACCUGUUUGUCUCGGCGAAGAGACCCGUGCAAAGACCAGAGCUGCACAAACCUCAUGUUGUCGCAAAUCCUCUGCAAGCACUCAAAGACCAUGGAACGAACCCCGGACAGCCUCCUAAACCCAGUUCUUCUCGACCACCUUAUCAAGAAGACGAUUUCUAUGAAAUCCCCAAGCCUGCGAACUUUCCUACGUGGAAGCCGACCGCCGUUGUUCCACCCACCUUCUCAUCUCACCAACCUCCAAAUCCAUACUUCCGACCAAAUGCGAUAGAUUUGACUCAGGACAAACCCAUUCUGAGUCGUCCACCUCCUCCUUCGAACCCCGCUUUCUUCCGAGCAGAGCGGUACGAAACCGCCGACCCGUACACGUACAUGAACUCUACACAGGCCAGUGAAAGCAUCAAGGCUUUACUUGAAGGUGCAUUCGAGGACGAAGAGGACAGACCAAGAACGAGGAGGAGAAACAAGGAGCUUGACAAGAAAGUUGGCGAUCUGGCUGAAAUGGUCAAAGGUAUGUCAGUCAACAGUGAAGACAAGAGUGAAUCGGCUCAAGAGGAGGCCGAAGAACAAGAAGACGAUGGCGCCGUGCCCGGAUUGAAAGUCAAGCUCUUACCGCAUCAAAUUGACGGGGUCGAUUGGAUGGUCGGCAAGGAAAUCGGCAAGAAUAGAACGUACGGGGGUAUUCUCGCCGACGAUAUGGGUCUGGGAAAGACGAUACAAUCAAUCGCUCUCAUGCUUAGCAACCCAAAACCCAGUGGAGAAGAGAACGAGAAGAGCAAGCGAAGGCUGCCUGAGAGUGUCACAAAAGCCACACUUGUCGUCGCCCCGUUGGCCUUGAUCAGACAGUGGGAAGGAGAACUCAAGGAUCGCAUCGACGAAGACCACGCGCUCAAAAUCUGUGUUCAUCAUGGCCCCCAGAGAACCAAAAGCUACAAGGAUUUAAAGAAGUACGAUAUCGUCAUCACAACUUACCAGACACUGUCAUCGGAACAUGCUGGAUGCUCAGAGUCCCUCAAAGUUGGGUGCUUCGGGGUUCAUUGGUAUAGGAUCAUCCUAGAUGAGGCGCACUCGAUCAAGAACCGAAACGCAAAAUCUUCCAAGGCUGCUUGUGCUCUUGAUGCUGCAUACCGCUGGUGUUUGACUGGAACCCCGAUGCAGAACGGUCUCGACGAGCUUCAAAGCCUCAUCCACUUUCUCCGAAUCCGGCCUUAUUGCGACCUGAAUGAAUGGCGCGAGAAUAUCACCAAGCCCAUGAACAAUGGAAAAGGAGGUCUUGCAGUUAAGAGAUUGAGACUCAUCCUGAAGAGCUUCAUGAAGCGAAGAACCAAGGAUAUUCUCAAACAAGAGCACUCCAAUGAAGGUGGUAAAGGAGAGGCAAGAGAAGGAAGCAAAGGUCCUGGGUUCAAGAUCGUGGGACGAACUGUUCAGAACGUUGAAGCCGACUUUACAGACCAAGAGCGAGAGUUCUAUAAACGCUUGGAGUCGAGAACAGAUCGAAGUUUGGAGAUGAUGAUGGCUGGGAACAAGAUGAGCUACGCGUCGGCAUUGGUCCUGCUCAUGCGACUUCGACAAGCGUGUAACCACCCAAAACUCACUGGAAGUGACUUGAGCACCGAGACUGAUGCGUCAAGUGGCAUGCAGACACCGAGCCGCAGAAAGGCUAGUGUGGAAGAUGACAUGGACAGCAUUGCGAACAUGCUAGGUGGCCUUAGUGUGGAGACCAAGAGGUGCGAUAUGUGUCAGAUCGAGUUGACAUCGAGAGAAGCUGCCAGAGGUGCCAUUCGAUGUGCUGAAUGCCAAGAAGAUUUGGAUAAGCAGACGGAGUAUGUCACGGAGAUCAAGAAGACGAAGAAGGAGAAGAGACGGAAGCAAGAGCAGAAGGCAAUCAGAACUCAACGCAAACAAGUAAGGCGCGUUGUUGAGGACAGUGAUGACGAGGAGGAUGGAGACGAGAAGCACGAAGACGACGAAGAAUACUCCUCUUCCGUUGAUGGCGAAGGAGACGAGGACGACGAAUACUCCUCAUCCGACGACUCUAGCAGUUCACAACCCGCGCUGCUCCAAUCCACCAAGAUCCGCAACCUCCUCUCCAUCCUCCGCGAAGACUCCCACACUCACAAAUACAUAGUUUUCUCCUUCUUCACGUCCAUGCUUGACCUGAUCGAGCCAUUUCUCCGCUCCCACCGCAUCCACUACGCCCGGUACGACGGCAAAAUGCGCAAUGACGCGCGCGAGGCCUCUCUCAACGCCCUUCGCACCGACCCCUCCACACGUGUCCUCCUCUGUUCCCUCCGUGCGGGAAGCUUGGGGUUAAAUUUGACCGCCGCGUCGAGGGUGGUGAUCCUCGAGCCGUUCUGGAACCCCUUUGUGGAAGAACAGGCAAUAGAUCGGGUGCAUCGCCUGAAUCAGACCCAAGACGUCAAAGUGUACAAAAUCACCAUCAAAGGCACGGUGGAGGAGCGGAUCCUGGAGUUGCAGGAGAAGAAGCGCGAACUCGCCAAGGCGACCAUCGAAGGGCAGGGCAAGAAGGGCGCAAUGAGGCUGAACAUGCAGGAUAUGUUGAAAUUGUUUGGUCGGGAGGCGGAGUCGGAACAUCCCGUCGACGUGGAAGAGGUUGGCAUGGGCAAAGGGAGGUCGAGGGGAUUACUGGACGCGAGUCGAGACAUGUCUUCACCAUCCAAUCCGCCACAAGCUGGGGGUGGAUCUGGACCUACAGGCGGGAUGGAUGGCAGCGCCGGCGAUCGACGCGACAAAAUGCGUCUGAGCGACGGCAAGAAGAAGACGUGGAAGGAGCAUGAAGUGUACGGCCGGAGGUGGUGAGAGUGUUGGACUAACCAAGGACCUCCACGAUGUGAUGUAUUGGAUACAGGGUGUCAAGGGUCAUGACCAUGUGGCUCUAAGGAACUAUCGAUCAACGCGGCAUGUUAGACAUUGCCCUUCUUUCAGGCGUCAGGGUUGAGUGUCUUCAGACCAGGACACCACGACGAUGAGCAUGAGAAUUGAGGAUGUAUGGAUUCAAUAGACCCAGGCUGAUAUCAAAGAAGCAAGUUCCUCCUCUCAGCGAGGGUAAGAGAGAUACAGGGAAAGAAACACCCCAUACAUACUUAGGGUACCCUGUUCUCUGACCUUGAUAUACAAAAGGC